GCAUAGAAGGAAGGAGUCAGAGAAUUGGUCCAAAACAACGCGCUCCAUCAAUCUGUUCUUUCCGUGAACUCCCGACUCUCUUGCGUGGGGGAUAGCCUUCUCUUCGCGGAUGGACGAGCCGGGGUCGCUGAGGCGGGCGCUGAUCGAUUCCCUGGCCGGAGCCAUCUCUGGUGGGAUCAGCCGGACGGUGACUUCCCCGUUGGACGUUAUCAAGAUUAGGUUCCAGGUUCAGUUAGAGCCAACAUCCUCAUGGGCACUACUACAUAGGGAUUCAUAUGGGUCCUCAAAAUAUACUGGAAUUUUGCAAUCUUCUAAAGUCAUUUUACGAGAGGAAGGUUUGACGGGCUUUUGGAGAGGGAAUGUUCCAGCUCUGCUAUUGUACAUGCCUUAUACUGCUAUACAAUUCACAGUACUGCACAAAUUGAAAACUAUUGCAGCAGGUUCAUCCAAGGCAGAGGAUCACUUGAAGUUGAGUCCUUAUUUGCCUUACUUGAGUGGGGCAUUAGCGGGAUUUGCAGCCACAAUAGGAUCAUAUCCUUUCGAUCUUCUAAGAACCAUUUUAGCAUCACAGGGUGAGCCGAAGGUCUAUUCCACCAUGAGAUCUGCUUUUCUUGACAUAAUCAGAACUCGUGGUAUACGGGGAUUAUAUGCCGGAUUAUCGCCUACACUUGUUGAAAUUAUUCCUUAUGCCGGCCUGCAGAUUGGAUCAUUUGACACUUUCAAGAGAUGGAUGAUGGCAUGGAAUAGAUACAGAUUUUCCAAUAUUAACCCAGUGAGGCGAGAUGACUCUCCUUCUAGCUUCCAGUUAUUUCUAUGUGGGUUGGCAGCUGGAGCAUGCGCCAAAGUCAUAUGUCACCCUCUUGAUGUGGUCAAAAAGAGAUUCCAGAUUGAAGGUCUACAGAGACAUCCGAAGUAUGGGGCACGAGUAGAGAACCACAGAUACAAGAAUAUGUACCAUGCCCUACAACAGAUCCUACGUUCCGAAGGUUGGCAUGGUCUCUACAAAGGCAUCUUCCCCUCAUUAAUAAAAUCUGCUCCAGCUAGUGCUGUCACAUUUGUCUCAUACGAGUACACCUCACGAUGGUUGGAGUCCCUACUCCCUUGAGGAACAUCGAUAAUUGAUUGGUUUAUUGGUUCCAUACAGCAAUUUCUUUUUCCCUUUUAUCCAACUGAGGUUUUGGUGCAUCAGGUGAGUUUUUGCAAGCCCAUGCAAUCUCGAAGCAGGAUUAGGAUGCUCAUUCAUUCUUACAUUUGCUGUAACAAGCCCCUGUCUUUUGUAAUAUAAAUAAAUCACCAGGGCAAAAUGACAUAGCUCUGUGACUUUUCCCCGCAGGAUAGAUGAUGUGUUCAUCUCUGAACACGAGGGAAGUGUGAAUUUUGGUUCCUGUGUUUUAAGAAACACACUGGAUUAUGUUUAUACCCGGAUGAUCAUCAUUGAUCUUACGCAUCC